AAAUGGAGAAAUUUACAUCUGGAGAAAUUAUAUCGAGCAAAGAACUAUGAUGAAUGGAUUUCUUUUUUAUCUUCACUUCUUAACAUCAAAGCUGCAGUCAUUUCUGACGCCUCUAAUGAUUUAGAUAGCAUUCG